UCUCAAAAAGGUCGAAGCUACUCGCAGAAAUUUCACAUAGCGUCAGCUCUUUCUCUCUUUAAGAAAUGUUGGGAGUCCACUAAGGUGGAAUUCAGAUUCACUCACUGCGAAUUCGCUUUAGUAAAGGCUAUCAUCAUUUGUGCUGCUUUAAAAACAGAUGAGUCUAAUCCUGAUUCCAAUGUUCUGGACAAUGAUUUGGAUGAUACUACGACAUUGAGACAGCUUAAAAAUAGAUUCCUAAAGCGGAAAAAGAAAUCUAGUCAUAAAGUGCAUACAGCACUAAGGGAUAUAAAAAAUGAAAAUGGUAAGUCUGCUCCCUAUUCUGACAAUGGUUUGAACAGUGGAUUGGAUGAUGACACCACACUAAAGCAGCUUAGAAAAAGGUUCCUUAAGAAGAACCGAAAAUAUGGAAUUCCUGACAGACACUCUACACUGGUAUAUUCAAAUGAGAGUUCAAUUGAAAAUGAACCCAAUCUUAAUUUCUCGUGUACUUUGGAAAAUAGGGAAUUGCUCUACCAUGAGGUGCUGGAAGAAAUAUCUAGGCAAAAUUGUAGUUUGCCAGACAAGCAAGAUUAUUUUUUGAGUAACCUGAAUAAGAGCAGCCACCCUUCUCAAAAUUCUGAUGACACAUUAGUUCCAAUGACUCCACCUGACGAGCAGCACCCAGUAACUUGUACCCUGGAUGGCAUGGUAGAAAAUGGCUUGAGUUGCAGAACUAAUGUGGAUGAUUUAUUAAAGGAUGAGAUGCAAGCUUUGGAAUCUCUAAUCAUCACUAAUGAAAAAUCGCAGUCUUCUCAUAAUAACAAAAAUUGCAUGAAUAUGGAUUCAACAAUAGAACCACAUUGGCCUGCAGAAAGGCUUCUUUCUUCACAAAAGGCAAUCUCUCCUUCUGCUCAAGAGUUGUUACGCUCGGCAAUGAAAUCAGAUGAUGACAUUACGGGACAACUUCAUGAAGUGGAAACCGGGAAGAAAGUCUCAUCUGCAAGAUCCGGGAUUCAGCAUGCUGAAAAAGCUGUUAAACAUGUAGGGAACAUGCAGCCAGAGAAGAUCUACAUAAGUUCCAGGAGCAUUGUAAACAAGUCAUUCAAAGCCAAACUCAACUUUGAUGGUCCUCGUGAUCUUCAAUGUUGUAAACUUGUAAUGUCUGAGAAG